UUUUCGUGGGAAUUUUUCAGACAGCCCGGAGCGGGAAGUGCCGUGUUAAUACAUAAGCUUAUCAGAAAAGAUUCAGCAAAGGUUUUGGUUUCAACGAGAGAUAGUUAAGAGGGUUCAGAGUCAUUUCGUCGUGUUCGCUGUGUAUUGAUACAGCUGGUUGAGUCAACACAUGUUGCACAGGAAAAGUGAUAUGGGGUCAGUGAACGACGUAGGAGAUUUUUGUGCUUCAUAUCUGACACAGGAUUAAGGAUUUUUUACAGUUGACUAUAGAAGAUACUAAGGGUAAUGCGGUGGAAAAAUAAAAUUAACCAACUUGUUCAACUGGCACGCUGGUGUGGAUUGAACUGUGUGUAUGUCAAUGAAGAUAUAAACUGUGAUUUGACAGGUUUGGAGAGAAUAAAUCAGAGCUCAGUUCAGGAGAUUGGAGAGGAGGUGGAGGAGGAAGCCAUCUACACCAUCACACUGCGGAAGGUGCAGCUCCAUCAGACAGCCAGUAAAGGGCAGCGAUGGCUGGGUGUGGAGACAGAUUCUGCACUCAGUCUCUAUGAGAUGUGCAAGGGUCGGACCAUUAAAGCCGGCACGCUGGAGAAACUGGUGGAGUACAUGGUAUCCGCUUACAAAGAGAAGGACUGUACCUACGUGACUAUAUUCCUUUGCACUUACCGGACUUUUACCACCACCGAACAAGUUCUGGACCUGCUGCUCAACAGGUAUGCCCAAUUGCACGAUCAACAAGUCUCAAAGGGAUCAAAGCUCUCCUCAGACGACUACACAGAGCUUAAAAACACUGUCUCAUCUAUCCUGGGUGCUUGGUUGGAUCAGUACUCUGAAGAUUUCUGGAGCCCGCCGGAUCACGGAUGCCUGCAGAGCCUCAUAUCCUACUUGAAGCUCAACUUCCCCGGAUCUGAUCUGGAGAGACGAGCUUGCAACUUACUGGAGCAUUUCCAGCACAGGCAACCUUCUGAGGUUGAACAUGAAGGUGAUCUGUGCAACUGCCCCUUUGCCACACCCGAGGAGAGCAGCUUGGAGGAUGAACUUUUUUUUAACUUCACAUCCUUCAGUCCUGCUCUGGUUGCUGAGCAGUUAACAAUCGUGGAUGCGGAGCUGUUUAAGAGGGUUGUUCCAUAUCAUUGUUUGGGUGGCAUAUGGUCCCAGCGGGAUAAGAAGGGGAAGGAGCACCUGGCACCCACCAUCCGGGCAACUGUUGCACAGUUCAACAAUGUGACCAACUGUGUGAUUGCCACCUGUUUGGACAACAGGUCUCUCAGACCUUUUCAAAGAGCAAAACGCAUCGAACACUGGAUAGAAGUGGCCAGGAAAUGUCGCAUCUUGAAGAGCUUCUCCUCUCUGAAAGCCAUCCUGUCGGCCUUGCAGUGUAAUGCUAUCCAUAGACUGAGGAGGACCUGGGAUGAGGUGUCCAGAGAAAGCUGUCGCACUUUCCAGGAGCUGUCUGAAAUCUUCUCAGAUGAUAAUAAUUAUUCCCUCAGCAGAGAGCUUCUCAUUAAGGAGGGCACCUCUAAAUCUGCUAUCGUUGAGAUUAACCACAAAGGAGGCCAGAGGAGACACCAUAACCACAGAGACAUGGGUGUCGUACAAGGAACUAUUCCGUACCUCGGAACGUUUCUGACUGACCUAGUCAUGUUGGAUACUGCUAUGAAAGAUCAUCUUGAGGGUGGGCUGAUCAACUUUGAGAAGAGAAGGAAGGAGUUUGAAGUGAUCGCUCAGAUCAAGUUACUCCAACUGACCUGCAAUUACUACAACUUCACCAGAAACCAGCGCUUUACAGAUUGGUUCAAGAGAGUGGAGAAACUUACAGAAGCUGUGAGCUACUCUCUGUCCUGUGAGAUAGAACCACCAUCUGAGCCCGUAUGCAAAACUAAGGGAGGCAUCAUGAAGUGCAUGAGCGAGGAGUCGGGCUACAGCAGCACAGGCACCUCACGCUCCAAGUCCUUUGAGCAGCCGUGUUUGAACCGGUUCAAAGACGGCAUCAAAGACACGGCUGAUUCCAUUAGUCUGACAUCAGGCGGAUCCAGCGCUUCAGAUGUAGAGGAGACCAGUCUCAGUCUGCUGAACUCCCCAGAUUCAGCCAAUCAGAGAACAUCUACACCAACUUUGAAGCACUCAAUAUCAACCUCAGAUACAGGGGAGCUUACAUCUGAUUCCUCUUCCAAGCUCUGGGAAUCACCCACCACUUCAUCUUUGGAGGCGUCAGGAACGUGUUUGGGACUAGAGUCUAGUUCCACCAGCUCCGCCUCCUCUUCCUCAUCCUGUGUCUCCACCUCCGCUGGGCAGCCGUUCCACUUUCACAAACGCUCCGUCUCGGGUGUUUCUGACUACUCGUCUCUCUCGCUACCACUGUACAACCAGCAGACGAACGACUGCUGCAUCAUCAGAGUUAGUCUUGACGAUGACAACGGAAACAUGUACAAAAGCAUCCUGGUGACAAGCCAAGAUAAAACACCAGGUGUCAUUAGGAAAGCCAUGGCCAAGCACAACCUGGACAGUGAGAAAUCGGAAGACUAUGAACUAUUACAAAGAGUCUCAAAGCUGAAAGAACUCAAAAUCCCUGAUAACGGAAACGUUUUCUACGCCAUGAACUCAACUGCCAACUAUGACUUUGUGCUGAGGAAACGCGGCGUUCCCAAAACCUGCAGAUCAAAGAGCUCUGCUAGCCUAACUCUACCACGCAUGAAGCAAAAAGGGUUUAAAAUACCCAAGGGCUUUUUCUGAAAGCACGUUCAUAUAACCGAGCAGCGUUUGGAGUUUGGAGAUGAGCAAGAGUCACUUUAAUAACCCCUCCUACAGUAUUAUCUGGAUCUUGUAUCCAGUGGCUUCUGGAUUGAUGCAUUACUGAGCUUGUUUCUCGAUGGAAGCUAUCCCUGUGUUUUCUGUCUUCACGGACUAUGUGACAGACAUAGGGCCACUGUGGAUCAUGAAAGGUUUGCCUUAAGACACUGUGCGAGAAACAUUUUCUGUGGUUGUUCAUGCAUGAGCAGACUACAUUUGAAAAAGCGAACACACAUCGGAAGCACUUUAGAACAGUCCUUUACUUAUAGAGAUUUGUGGAGAUCUCCUGUGGUCCUUAUCUUUGAGCUCUAUAGCAGUCCGUGGGAUCUUUGGAUCGCUGUUGAUAUAGCUACAGUAUUAGAUGUACAGUACAAAAUGUGUAAAGUGUACAGUAUUUUGUUUGGUUAUUAAUCCUUUAUUUGUCUGUUUGACUUUUCAUCCUAGCUGCUGCUAAUUUAGCUUGAGUAUGCUUUGUUUUGUUGAAGACGGCACUAAAACGAACCGGUUUCACAGUGACAAGCAAUGACAACUUUCCACCAGUGGUGUGUUGAAAAGCCUGACUAAGAGUCCAAAAACAGACACACUAGAAAUUAAGUUACGUUAAUAACGUGACAUUCAUCACUAUUAUUUACUGAAACACUUACACGUAGACCUAUAACUACUUUGUAGACCUAUAACUAUUUUAUCGGGGUCCUAAAACAGAGGAAAUGCUAAUUUGAGCAAGAGAGAUUACUACAUUCAGUUUUACUGCAUUGGAUUUGUGCUUGUCAGCCCACUCUGGUGGUCAGUCCUUUCUGUUACACCUGUCACAACAAGAUGACAUACUGAAGGAUUCUCUAUUGACUGCUACUUAACUGCUGGUUACCUUUAUGGUGUAACAAAGUCACAAUUUAGCAUGAGGAGAUGACACGUCUGAGAUGCAGGGUUUACACUGUUAUUUUUGGUUAUUAAAUAGCCCCAAAUAAUACUAUUAAUGUGUAUUAAUGGAUAUAAAAGGCAAAUAUUAUGUGACGGGUCUUGUCAUCCAAAUCAAUUGAUUUAGAAAGAUGUCGAUGCCAAAGCUUUUCUUACAUAUAUAUUUUUUUGCUGUUGAUUUAGACGUGUAUUUGCCAUACAUUACAGAAUUCUAAAACUACGGGAGGUAUUUGCAGUUUGUACCAAACACUGUGAGUGUGGCUUCACCCUACUAAGCCUUUUUGCAUUGUGAACUAAAUCCACCAGUGCUUUCUGACCAAUUAAUUAAUUAAUUACAUUAAGUGGUCUUUAUGAAAACAGUAGAUUUUCAAAACUGUUUACUCAGUUAUAUGUGUAUGUUUGUUUAUAUGUGUGUGCACAUGUUUCUAUACAUUGUGGGUACAAAAUGUAUAGAUAAGUCUUAACCACCUUGCGCCCUCAUGAUGUAAACUGUAUUUUAAACAAACUGGAUGAUAGUUAUUUGAGAAUGUAAAAAUUCCAGGUUAGUACAUGUACUAACUAAUAGUGUGUGUGCUUGUGUGCGUGCAUGUGUGUGUGUGAGACAAGUAAUGAAAGAGGAGGUUGGUGAUGCGUUCCUGAUAUUAUGCCAGCUAUAUAACUCAACUGGAACAAAAUAGAGAUUGUGCUUAAUGUAUGAAAUGGUGCAUGGUGAAAUUUUAUGGCAACAGUGAAUCCACUCAUAUACUUCGUAUGCAUUUCUCCUCGACCUGCUGUCAGAAAAUAACAAAAUUAAAAUCUAAUCUUUCGGCCUGCGGCUUGUUAUUUGACAUGUGCCAUGCUCGGACUGGGUCUUUGUUUGAUGCUUGUUUUUGUCUCCUUUUUUAUGUCUGAAUCUAAUUCUGAAUGUUACUUUGUUAAUAGUAAAGUCCAGUAUAUUGCCCAAUUUGUAUUUAUUUACGUGUUUACAAUUGUCUUAUUUAUAAUUAUUUUACUGUUGACAAGAUAAAUUAAUAAAUUCAACUUUGUAUGUACAAAUAAAAGCUACAUUUUUAAGAACUUACAAAUAAAUAUGGGGAAGAUC